CCGGAAAAUUGUGACACUCGGACCUCCCUUUCACUCUUCCAGUUGGAAACACGAAAGAGAAUUUACGUGAUUAUUUCAUCAUAAAAUAUCAAAAAAUAGUAAAUAAUUUUGCAGAUAAAUUGUGAAAAAAGUGUGUGAAGUAUCUGUGAAUCAAUUCAUCAAGGAAAAGCAGUAGGAAAAGCUUCCCGGAAUGGAUUCUACGCUCACGGCCAAGCAGAUCAGGCGGAAGUUUCUGGACUUUUUCGCCGAGAAGGAGCACAUCUACGUUCACUCUUCAUCGACAAUUCCUUUAGAUGAUCCCACUCUGUUGUUUGCCAAUGCCGGAAUGAAUCAGUUCAAGCCGAUCUUCCUGGGCACUGCAAAUCCCAAGAGUGACAUGGCUAUCUGGAAGCGUGUUGCAAAUAGCCAGAAAUGCAUCCGUGCUGGUGGUAAACACAACGAUCUCGACGAUGUGGGUAAGGAUGUCUAUCAUCAUACCUUUUUCGAAAUGUUGGGGAAUUGGUCCUUUGGGGACUACUUCAAACUCGAAAUUUGCACAUGGGCAUGGGAAUUUUUGACUCAGCGCCUGGGUCUUCCCAGUGAUCGUCUCUAUGUGACGUACUUUGGCGGAGAUGCCGCUGCUGGCCUUGAGCCAGAUCUCGAAUGUCGACAGAUCUGGUUAGAUUUGGGCGUAAGGGAAGCUCACAUCCUUCCGGGCAGUAUGAAAGACAAUUUCUGGGAAAUGGGUGAGACUGGACCAUGUGGUCCAUGCUCAGAGUUGCAUUUUGAUCGAAUUGGCGGUCGAAGUGUUCCAGAACUUGUAAAUAUGGACGAUCCGGAUGUCCUCGAGAUCUGGAAUCUGGUUUUCAUCCAGUUCAAUCGUGAGCAGGAUGGAAGUCUGAAAUUGCUGCCCAAGAAGCACAUAGACUGCGGAAUGGGCUUUGAAAGACUAGUAUCGGUAAUCCAAGGCAAACGUUCCAACUACGACACUGACAUCUUUGUGCCCAUCUUCGAUGCCAUUCAAGCCGCCACGGGGGCUCCAAAGUACCAAGGACGCGUCGGAACUGAAGAUUCCGACGGUGUAGACAUGGCCUAUCGUGUCUUAGCCGAUCAUGCCCGUACCAUCACAAUAGCCCUGUCAGACGGAGGAUGUCCGGACAACACUGGUCGCGGAUACGUCCUCAGGCGCAUCCUCAGACGUGCUGUCCGUUUUGCCACGGAAAAACUCAAUGCCAAACCCGGGAUGUUUGCUGGUCUUGUGGCAACUGUUGUAGAAUUGCUUGGAGAUACCUUCCCCGAAAUUGCCAAUAAUCCACAGAGAAUUGUGGACAUUGUCAACGAGGAGGAACAGCAAUUCCUCAAGACAUUGGACAGGGGUAGAAAUCUCCUCAAUCGCACCAUCACGAAACUGGGACAAGUUAAAAUUGUGCCCGGUGAUGUAGCCUGGAGACUCUACGAUACUUUUGGCUUCCCAGUAGAUCUGACUCAUCUCAUGGCCGAGGAAAAGGGACUCUCCAUCGACAUGGAAGGCUAUGAAGCCGCGAAGGAACGUGCCCAUAUCCUAUCCCAGGGCAAGGAAACUUCCAAGGAGCAUGUCAUCUCGCUCGAUGUUCAUGCUUUGUCCGAUUUGGAAGCUCGAAAAGUGCCCACAACGGACGAUUCUUACAAGUAUCGCUACGAACGAAAUCCUGACAAAGAGGAAGAUUACAUCUUCUACCCUUGCCCGCCCGCCAAAAUCCUAGCGCUGCGCCUCAAUGGUGAGUUUGUGGAGGAAGUGGGAGCUGGUCAAACUGUGGGAAUCCUACUGGACAAGACGUACUUCUAUGCUGAAUCUGGUGGUCAGAUUUACGAUCAUGGAGUCCUGACGAAGGUUGGUGGGGAUGAGGGAGAGUUAUUUGUGGAGAAGGUAUUCAAUCACGGUGGAUACAUUCUGCACAUUGGAAAGGUGGAGGGAGUUUUGAAGGUUGGGGAUGAGGUUCAGCCGCAAAUUGAUGAAAUUCGCCGUAGACUGACUAUGAACAAUCAUUCAGCCACUCAUGCACUCAAUCAUGCCCUGAUCCGUGUCCUUGGUGGCGCUGUUAAUCAAAAGGGAUCUCUAGUGGUACCGGAAAAAUUACGAUUUGACUUCAAUCUGGAUUCUGGGCUGACAAUUGAAAAUGUCCAGGAGAUUGAGGAGAUUGUCAAUGAUUUUUCCAGGCGAAAUGUGCGAAUUCAUGCAAAAGAAGCAAGUUUGGCUCUGGCCAAACAGAUUCAGGGUCUGAGAUCGGUCUUUGACGAAGUCUAUCCAGAUCCGGUUAGAGUGAUUUCCUUUGAAGUGCCCGUGGAGGAACUCGAAAAGGAUCCCAAAGGUCCGGCUGGUUUGAAGACUUCUGUGGAAUUUUGCGGAGGAACUCAUCUUCAUUGGGCAGGACACAUUGGGCAUUUUGUUGUGGUCACUGAGGAAUCCAUUGCUCGAGGUAUUCGUCGGAUUGUUGCCCUAACGGGCCCUGAGGCAGACAAUGCCCUCAAUCGUGCUCGGAUCUUCACGGAAAAUGCCGAAGAGCUAAAGAAACUUGUUGAUUCUGGGGCCAAUUUGUCCGGGAGCUUGAAGAAAAUUGCUCAAUUGCAGGAAAAUGUUUCUCAAUCGAUCAUCCCGUACGUGAAAAAGCAAGAACUGCGCAAUGCCCUGAACAGUCUCACGAAGACGGUGAUUGAGAAGAGGAAACGUCUCCAGAGGGAAACCGUUACAAAGGUUCUGCAAGAUCUCAAUGAACUUAGUGAAAAUGUGCCCAAUGACGCUAAAUUCCUGGUGAUGCAGCUAGAUGUUGGUGAACAUGAGAUCUCAAUUCCCAAGGAUAUCCUAGGCAAGGAACAACCUAGACUCGCAACUCUGCCACGGCUCUAUUUGACCGUGGAUCCGGAAACUGCCAAAGUGAAUGCAAUGGCCGUUGUUCCGGACAAAUCCAGCCCUUUGAAGGCAAACGAAUGGGUUACCCAUGUAACGGGAUGCUUUGGAGGUCGCGGAGGAGGUACUCCUGAACGUGCCCAAGGGAUCUUCUUAGCAAAAGUCAACGACAUCAUUCAGGUAGCUGAAGACUUUGCCGGCAAGAAACUCAAUUGAAGCUCUUGCACUUGAGAUUGUUGUAAAGGCGUCUACACAUUGGGAGCAAUUUUCGUCAAAAAUUGCGUUUUUGACAGAAAUUUGACGUUUCCCCCUACAACGCUGCAGGGAAUUUCCUUCAAAAAAGUAAUUUUUGACAAAAAAUUCUCCCAAUGUGUAGAGGCCAUAAAAGAAAUAAAGCACCAGAAGACAAGAAUGUACUCUUUCUGUCCUUUCUGUCCAUUUUCUACUUAAUUUAUUCCGCUAAGAGUUUAUGCUGAAUCCAGACCAAGAGGCAAAGAAGUAAGAGCAUUCUUAUUUGAUAAACAACAGCAUUUGAAUUUUGUAUAAAAAAAUGUAGUAAUAAUAAUAACUCAAUUUUAGGCUGUUUUGAAAACUUUUCAGCUUAGAUUAGUGUCAUAUUUAUAUAAAUUUUUGUCAAGAUUUUUUGGUGCACUGGUAUUUGAAUAAAAAAAACGUUCAUAAAUCAA